CAUGCAAGGAAGGACAGCAAGCAGCCUCAACCGCACGAUCUACUCUACAAGUUUCUCCAAACACAACAAUGAUGGAGGGAAUGUCCACGGUCUAACGUUGUACCCCCCCACUGAUGAGACACCCUCCCUACCCGACCCCAGACCCUCCUCUGUACUGUCUCGGGCUGGCCCUGAAGAGAGGCGUUCCCUGCAUCGGCCUCCACAUGUUGAGGACUGAGGACUUGGACAAGCUUCUUUCUACACGGCUGGUAUGAUUUGGCUCCAGGGUGGUUUUUGUCUGUUUUCAUCUCGGCAUCAAAGUAAGAGUCGGGUGUGAAAGUUUGUGUGAAGUGUACAUGCGGAAAGUUGCCCUCCAUGCGAUUGAAGCCUCGUGUAGAAAUGUUUGCGCAUCCCGCCGUCUGGUUUCAUCUCCUGGCACUCCUCCACCCUCUGGUCGGGGCCUCCAUGGACUCCUGCUACGACGCGGAGGGCGCCCCCGGCCGCUGCAUGCCCAGGUUUGAGAACGUGGCCUUCAAUCGCAGCGUGGAGGCGUCCAACGUGUGCGGCUCGCCGCCCGAGGAGUACUGCAUGCAGACGGCGUCCGACCGUUCGUGCCACACCUGCGACUCGUCGGACCCGAACCUGAGCCACGGCGCCGCCUUGCUGACGGACUUCCACAGAAACGACGAGUCGACGUGGUGGCAGAGCCAGUCCAUGCACUUCGCAGUCCAGUAUCCGAACUCUGUCAACCUCACACUUCGCCUGGGAAAGGCCUUCGAGAUAAGCUACGUCCGACUGAAAUUCUACACCAGUCGGCCCGAGAGCUUCGCCAUCUACAAACGCACCGAGGUCGACGGACCUUGGCUGCCCUAUCAGUUCUACAGCGCCUCCUGCCGGGACACCUACGGAAAAGAUGAGAAGGGCUUCCUUCGCCAAGGAGAUGAUGAAAGGACGGCUUUAUGCACCGGAGAGUUCAGCGACAUCUCCCCUCUUACUGGCGGGAACGUGGCCUUCUCCACCCUGGAAGGACGACCCAGUGCCUACAACUUCGACCAGAGCCUGGUGUUGCAGGAAUGGGUGACGGCCACCGACCUGCUCAUCUCGCUGGACAGGCUGAACACCUUCGGGGACGAGGUCUUUAAGGACGCCCAAGUGCUGCGCUCCUAUUUCUACGGCAUCUCUGACUUCUCUGUGGGUGGAAGAUGCAAGUGUAACGGCCACGCCAGCGAGUGCGCGCAGGCGGAGCACGGCGGAGGCGGCCUGGUCUGCGCCUGCCAGCAUCACACCGCCGGGGACGACUGCCAGAGAUGCCAGGACUUUUACCAGGACAGACCCUGGGCUCGGGCCACUGGGGACGCGGCCAACGAGUGUUUGCGUUGCGACUGCAGCGGGAGAUCGGACCGGUGCGUGUUGGACAUGGAGCAGUUCCGGCGCACGGGCAGCGGGGGGCGCUGCCUGGACUGCGGGGGCAACACGGACGGCGCCCACUGCGAGCGCUGCCGGGAGAACCACUACAGGAAGUCACCCGGCGAGGAUUGCCUGCCCUGCGACUGCGACAGAGACGGCUCGGCCAGUCUCCAGUGUGACGGCGAGGGUCGCUGCGCAUGUGCCGGCGGCGUAACGGGGGACCAGUGCGACACCUGUCAAGAUGGCUUCCACUCGCUAGGCCCCGGUGGCUGCAGGCCGUGCCGGUGCGCCCCCGCUGGGAGUGUCGGCGUGUGCUCGCCGCUGGACGGCCGCUGUGGCUGCAAGGCCAACGUGGAGGGAGGGAGCUGCGGCAGAUGCAAGCCAGGCUUUUUCAACCUGCAAGAAAUCAACCCGGCGGGCUGCCAGCCGUGUUUCUGCUGGGGCCACUCGCUGGCGUGCUCCUCGUCCCAUCGCUUUGUCGCUGUCAACAUCACUUCGGAUUUCACGGAAGAUCAGGACGGCUGGCUGGGCCAGUUCUCCGGCGGGCGCCAUUCCCCCCUGCUGUGGAAGGAGGGUGAGGUGUACUUACUACCCCUCUCUGAAGACGACCUGGGUGUUUACAGAGCCCCCGACAAGUUCCUGGGUGGUCAAGUCCACAGCUACGGCCAGCUCCUCUCCAUCACCUUCACCUCCGAGACCCGGGGGCUGCUUCCCGACCGCCUCACCUUGCUGCUGGAGGGCGCCGGAAUCGCGCUGGACGCCGACCUUUCACCCGGGACGGCGCACGAGGGCUCGCGGCCGCCGCGCAGCUCCUUCGUGGUCAGGCUGGAUGAAAGCGAGGCGAGCUUCAAACCCAAGUUGUCCGCCUUCGAAUUCCAGCGUCUUCUUUUCAACGUGACAGCUCUGCACAUCAGCAACGCGGGCGGACCCGACUACACGCCCCAGCUGGCCGAAGUGCGUCUGACCUCUGCUUCUCCCGCCACCGAUGCUGCCACCGGCUCCCCCGCUCCGUGGGUGGAAUCCUGUUCCUGUCCCAUCGGUUUCGGCGGCCAGUUCUGCGAGCGAUGCGGCCCGGACUUCACCAGGGAGUCCCCCGGCGCCGGACCUUUCUCCGCCUGCGUGCCGUGCAACUGCCACCAGCAUGGAACUUGCCACCUGGAGACCGGCGUCUGCGAGUGCUCAGACUUCACCGCCGGGACCAACUGCGAGCGCUGCCUGGACGGUUACUAUGGCAACGCGCUGGCCGGCACGCUGGGCGACUGCCGGCCGUGCCCUUGCCCCGACCGCAGCAGCUGUGUCCUGGUCCCUGGGACCACACAGGUGGUCUGCACCGACUGUCCUGCAGGGCAGACAGGAACCCGCUGCCAGAUGUGCGACGACGGAUUCUACGGCGACCCGCUGGGACAAUCGGGGGCGGUGCGCCCGUGCGGCCCGUGCGACUGCAGCGGCAACGUGGACGCCAACGCGGUGGGCGUGUGCGACCACCUGACGGGCCGCUGCCUGAAGUGCACGGGACACACCGAGGGCGAGCGCUGCCAGCUCUGCCGCCACGGUUACUACGGCGACGCUCGUAGCGACGCCGCCGGACCGAAGUGCAAACCGUGCAGCUGCAGCCUGGCCGGGACCUCCAGCCGUGCGAACCAGUGCCACCCCCAGACAGGAACCUGCGACUGCCUCGCUCACGUGACGGGGCGAGACUGCAGCCAGUGUGAGGACGGCUUUUUCAACCUGCGACCCGGCGUGGGUUGCGAGAGGUGCACGUGCAACCCCGUCGGCUCCUUUGCCGCCGCCUGCCACCCGAUCACGGGCCAGUGUUUGUGCCGCGCCGGCGUGGACGGGAGGCCGUGUGGCUCGUGUCGAGUGGGCUUCUUCGGAUUCUCCUCACGUGGAUGCAGAGCCUGUAACUGUGACCCGAUGGGCGCCGCCGCCAUGCAGUGCCACGCCAACGGGACCUGUCCCUGCCGGCCCGGCUUCACGGGCUACAAGUGUGACAAGUGCGAGCUCAACUUUUUCCACAACAGAGAAACGCACCAGUGUGAGGAGUGCCCGCUUUGCUACGGACUGGUGCAAAAACAGGCGGAGAAGCUGAGGGCGCGCGUGCAGGAUUUAGAGAAGCUCCUCGCUCGCUUCGACUGCCGAGGAAGAUACGGGAAGCAGCGCCACCCGGCGAGGUAUCGAACGGACGGGCCUCAGGGGGACCGGGGGCUGCCCAACGCUCUGGAGGAGUUCCUGGCCUUCCAAGAGGCUCGCGAGGCCUUCAUAGAGCGCUUCUCCUCGCUGGGAGCAUCGACGGGCGCGCUCGUAGCCCAGCUGCGACGCCUGACAGGCGCUUUGAACUGCGGCGAAGGGCGGGCGGAGAGCGGAGGGGCGUGCGGAACGUUGGCCGCGCUGGCGUCCGUCGUCGGAGCGUCGCGGAAGCAUCUGGAGCAGGCCACGCUCGACCUGGACGCCAUGGUCUUCCCUUUCGAGGCGGCGCCAGGACCUAACAAAUGGAACAUGAUGGUCAACGAGUCCCAAGUCCUGAAGGAAAGUCAUGGCGAAAGUGCCGGGCGUAUCGAGGCCGUGGCCGGCAGGGCGCUGGCCGCCUCCAAGCGCACUUAUAAUUUGCUGAUGGACCUCUUGCGGGACAACUCCACCGAGGACUACAUCGGGGAGCUCACCCAGCGAAUAACACUCAUGCAGCAGCAGAGGGACAACAUGACCGCCCGGGCCAGCCAGACCGCGGCCCAACACGCCUCCCUGCAGGAGGACGCCGCCGGCUUGGAUCUGGCCCUGAAGAACAUCACGUCGUCCUUCCCUCAGCUGGAGACGCGCCUCGCCGGACCCUCAGUGGACGCCCACUCAACACAGUCUCUUCUGCAAAAGACCCAAGAACUGGAUCAGCACCUUCAGUCCCAAGACGCUGUCAUCAGCAAGAUCAGAAGCGACACGCGACCUCUCGUCGAGUCCUUUCACGAGAAAAAGGAGUCUUUGGACGACGUCGCCGAGCUGCAAGCUCGUGCUCAAGGGGCCAAGGUCCUGGCUUUGACCUCGGUGGUGGCUGGGAAAGAGGUGGAGUCCGAAGCCAUCAGCCUGCAUAGAGAUCUAAACAACAUGGUGCGAGAGUGGCCCCAUCGACAGGCCCAGACCAAAGCUGCCAUGAAGAAGGAGAGGCCCCUGAAGGACAAAGUUCUCGCUGUGGUCACCAAAAGGAUCUCUGAGAUUGAAACCAUACUAGAACCCGCUCUGGAGAACUCCAGCCUGGCCAGGAACGCCUCCGGGGAAGCGGAACUCACCGCAAAUAUUGUGGCUCAGGAAUCCAAAGGUGUGCUGACGCAGGCCAAGCACACGAGGACGGCCUGCGCUCACCUGGGCUCCAACCUGCAGUCGGCCGUCCAGCGUCUGGCCGAGCAGGAGGCGCUCACUGAGAGCGCCGACUCCCUCGUGCCCACCGAGACGGCGCCCUCUCUGGCCGGCGUGAGGGAGGACAUGGAGGCGGCCCGGCGGCAGUUGGAGGCGUACUCUCUCACCCUGACGGAGCUCAUCGGCAAAAUCGACGGGGGCGUGCCGCUGGAGCGCUUCGACCGCAUCCUGAACGAGACGGCGCGGCGCCUGAGCGCGCUCCGCGGCAGCGUGGAGAGCCCGGCGCUGGGCGCCAAGAUCCACAAGCUGCGCUCGGCGGCCAGGGAGCAGCGGAGCCGACUGUCCCUGCUGGACCAGGACGUGCAGGAGAUGCUGGAGGAGAGGGACAGUCUCAGGGACAUUUCCUUAAACCUGCCCCGGUCUUGCCCGCAGGCCGGCGGGGCGGGACGAGGCUAAGUCCACCGCACUGGAGAGUCUUCCGAAAGGAGCCUGCUUCCCCCCCCGUCCUGCCAUAGGGUGUCUCCUCUUUGCCCGCAGGUACGAUUCCUGCGUCGUUGCCUCUUGGGAACGCUCACGCCGCAGCUUUGAUUUCCCCGCCAGUGGGCCACAGAAUCCCUUGUCAAGGAUUGAAACAGUAAUAAACCUUGUUUUUUUGUGUUCCAG